AUAAUCCUUAUAGACCACUACUCCCGUUUACGAAAAUCUGAUUUUGUCGAUAAAAAGAGGGACCAUUGGUGCAUUUCCGAGCUCUCGGGAGUGGUCACUGAACUGGUUUUCAACCCGGCGUAAAUUCUCAUCAACGAGGAGUGGGGAACAGUCUGCCGAGCCCUUCUUCAGUUGGACAAGUUGAGCAAUGUUCACAUGUUAAUGGAGACUACCGAAGAAGAUUAACAAGAAUAGGGUUUUUGAAAGACGAAAGAAGAUGUCUUCGUUGACAGUGAAGGCCUCCACCAUAUAUCCAUCACCGUCGCCACACGUCUUCUCAUCUCGUUCUCGUUUCUCAUCUUCAUUCAGCUUCCCAAGGAAGACCAACGGAAGAUGCGUUUUGAAAGCUUGCGCUUACAAUUCUUCCGACGACAAAACUUCCGAUACCGGCGAUACAAAACUCCCAAACGGCACUCUGCCCAAAAGCCGGAGGGAAAUUCUGUUGGAGUAUGUCAAAAAUGUGCAGCCAGAAUUUAUGGAGUUGUUUGUCAAAAGAGCACCUCAGCAGGUAGUUGAUGCAAUGCGUCAAACAGUAACAAAUAUGAUUGGUACUCUUCCCCCACAAUUUUUUGCAGUAACAGUUACCACUGUUGCAGAAAAUCUAGCACAGCUCAUGUACAGUGUUAUGAUGACUGGGUACAUGUUUAGGAAUGCGCAGUAUCGUCUGGAACUGCAACAAAGUUUGGAGCAAGUUGCUCUUCCAGAUGCACAAGACAAAAAGGUAAUAUUUAUUUUCUCUGACUUGUAGGCAGUUAUGUGUUUU